AUGCUUUUGGAUCGAAGCUAUGUAGAUUUGAAGAAUCAAGUAAUAAAAGCGGAGCGGAAGCUGUUGAAUGCGCUUGGUUUUGUAGUGCAUGUCAAUCAUCCACAUAAACUUAUAUACGCAUAUCUUCAUGCACUGGGCGCUACUGGCAACCAUGAAUUGAUGCAAAAAGCAUGGAGCUAUAUGAAUGAUGGAUUACGUACAGACAUAUUUCUCAGGUAUCAGCCAGAAACAAUUGCAUGCGCUUGCAUUCAUCUUGCAGCAAGAACUAUAGCAGAACCCUUGCCGCUUCCGCGCGAACCCUUCCCUUGGUUUGAAGCAUUUGAUGCAAGUGAUAGGGAUGUACAGACGAUCUCUCUUUUGCUGCUGCAAGUUUAUACGCGAAUACGAGCUCCAAACUGGACACGGUUGAAUGAUACACUGAACAAACUACGAAUUGGUCUCAGCAAUGCACUUGCAAAAGUUCAGCAAGCGGAAAGCAUGGCUAAUAAAGAAGUUGAACGAGCAAAAGCUAUUUUGGAGAAAAGACGUCGCGAAAUCGCUAACAAAGCUGCUGAAAUGGAGCGGCAGAAUGGUGCUAGAAAUAAGGCAAGAGAAGGAAGUGGGAAGGAAAAAGAAGUUCAGCGUGAUAGGGAAAAAGAAAAUGACCAUUAUAAUGCUAAACAGACAUCGUCUUCCACAUCACGUUCACGCUCAAAGUCACCAGUUGAACCAAAGAAAUUCCGUACCUCACCUCUCUAUUAUCACCAUCGGGGUGAGUCGGCGGAACGUGAUCGGCCAUCAAAGCGUAACCAUCAUCAUUCAAGGCAUCAGAGAGAUGAAAGACGACGAGCCAGGGAAGAACGGCGGGCAGAAAAAGACCGACGUCGUCGGACCAGAAGUCGAGAUGGUCGACGGAAGGUUGUUGAGAAGGACCGAGUAAGCAAUCAGCGUGAACGUGAAAAGGAUGUUUAUUUGGCCUUAGGCAAGAGAAGGAGGAGUAGUGAAAGCCCUUCGCCCGUUAAAGUGCGGCGUUAG